UUGGUAAAUGACCCAGAAAUUUCGGUCAUGCUGUUCUCUGUCCAUGAAUGGUUGCGGAGGAGUUUCCCGUGCCCCUAUAGGCACCAUCGAAACCCGGUCGCUUCCGGCGGUUCCAUCUUCUACUCUUGCCAUGGAGCGCCUCCAUUCCGCCGUUAACGAUCUGAAACGCCACCCACCUCCAUUUAGCUCCGGGAUUAUACGUUUGCAGAUUCCAAUUCGAGAGAGAAUCGAAGCAAUUGAUUGGUUACAUUCUCAACACCAUCUUCUUCCCCGCUGUUUCUUCUCCGGGAGACGCCGAUCCGGCGGCUCUGAUCUCCCCGCUGAUAUUACCAACGGGAAUGGCCACAGCUUAGCGGGCGACACUCUGGUCAGUGUCGCCGGUGUAGGUUCUGCUGUCUUCUUCCGGCAUCUCCAUCCUUUCUCCUACGAUGAUUGGAGGUCCAUUAAGAGGUUUUUGUCCUCGAAAUGCCCUUUGAUUCGUGCAUAUGGAGCUAUUAGAUUUGAUGCUAGGGCAAAGAUAUCAUCUGAAUGGAAGGAAUUUGGUUCCUUCUACUUUAUGGUUCCGCAGGUUGAGUUCGAUGAAUUCAAAAGAAGUUCAAUGCUUGCAGCAACUGUUGCAUGGGACAAUGCACUUUCAUGGACAUGGCAAGAAGCCAUUGAUUCACUUCAAGAGACAAUGCUGCAGGUUUCUUCAAUUGUUAGGAAGUUAAGGAAAGAAGUUUCGAGAACAUUUAUUCUAAGCAAUAAUCAUAUUCCGUGUAAGAAUCAUUGGGAUCUUGCGGUUAAGAGAGCUUUGGACAUAAUAAACAGAGGCAGCUCACCACUUAGUAAGGUUGUACUCGCACGUAGCAGCAGAGUUGCAACUGCAACAAAUAUUGAUCCUAUAGCAUGGUUAGCUUGCCUGCAGGUGGAAGGAGAAAAUGCUUAUCAGUUUUGUCUUCAACCACCUAAUGCACCAGCAUUUAUUGGGAACACGCCAGAGCAAUUAUUUCAUAGAAAAUGGCUAAAUAUUAGUACUGAGGCUUUGGCUGGAACCCGAGCUCGAGGUGGAUCAACAACUCUUGAUCUUCAGAUAGAAAUUGACCUACUUUCAAGUCCCAAGGACGACCUUGAAUUUACAAUAGUACGGGAGAGCAUACAAAGCAAAUUGGAGGUAAGUUUUCUUUUAAUGCCUUUGAUCAUAUGAGGUCAUCUUGCCAAGACAGUCCUCUUGUCUUGGGCUCCCAAACCUACUAACUCAAGUGGUUAAAUGAUGUAGCAUACAGCAGAACUGGUUCCCCUGUGAGGGGCACUUGAAUACAGAAUCAUUUUUUAU